GUCGGACGCAAUUAUUAAGAUGGUGUGCUUUUGCAACAAGGUAUAUGUUCUCAGGGUACUUGAACAGCCAUGUAAGCGUUUUUUCUGGGCUGCACUUCCACCGCUCCAUUGCUAUAUAUCUGGUGCUCCGACAUCUCUCUACACACUACAAGCUUAAUAAAACACGGCAAGAUGAUAGCCCUACCUGACAUCCAAUCCUCGAACGCCAGAAUCACUACUUCCCUUUCCGAGGGUUCGGUGGCCCUUUUUGUGGGAGGUACCAGUGGCGUCGGCGAGAUCACCCUGAAGCAGUUCGCCAGUCAUACCAAACGCCCCCGCAUCUAUUUCGUUGGCCGCAGUCAAGAAGCGGGUACGCGCAUCGCCACAGAAUGCAAGACCAUGAACCCAGAGGGAGAGUAUAUCUUUAUCCCGGCAGAUGCAAGUCUGAUAAGGGUCGUGGAUGAGGUUUCCCGCGGGGCAGGGGGACAUGAAGGCCAAAUCGACACGACCGAUCUCGAGGCUCGGAAAGCAUCCAUCCCGUUCUAUCGCGGGCAUAUCACAUCCAUGACCACGUUGGCCUUGGAACACCUGGCUGAGCAGGCCCCAACCGUCUCUUUCAUCAAUGUGCAUCCCGGUAUCGUCAAAUCUGGGGUCCUGAGAGAGACGGACAACCUCCGCAUGUGGGUCGUGUGGAUUGUUUUGUUGCUACUUGGGCGAUGGGUUUAUGUCCCCGAGGCUGAGAGCGCGGAGAGACAUCUGUUUCUCCUGACCAGUGCGAUGUAUCCCGCGAGCCACGGCGAAGAUGCUGAGGUGUCGGUACCGGAGGGCAUGUCGGUUGCCCGGGGAGCUGAUGGAAGUCGAGGCAGUGGAGUGUAUUCCAUGCUUUGGACUGGUGAGAGUCCCGACAAUGCGGUCCAAGCCCUGGCUGGAUUGAGGGCGCAUGGAAUCGGGGAAGUCGUUUGGAGGUACACGGAGAGUCAGUUCAAGAGGAUCACGGGAGUGGAGAGUAUAUGAUGUGAUUUAGCAAUGAAGCAUUCCACCAUGGACAAAGCGCGAUAAUAUCUGUUAUCUGGGAAAAUACUCAGUACUGAGUGUGUGGAUGGCAAACUGUGGCAUCUUCCAGAAAGAAACGCGCCGUCGCCCGAUCCGGAAGGACCCCUGAUGACGUCACGAGACUUUUCCUUCCCGAUCGGGAGGCGUCGCGACGCCUCGAUCUUUGCCGCGCGUCCAACUGUCCUGCUUCCCCUGCUUCCCCUGCUUCCCCUGCCAGAAGUCUCGACCGGAGGUGAAAUAAAGC